GAGGUGUAGUGUUUUUACACCUCCGUGCUGCUACUUCCUCUAGGUAUUUUUAUGGUUAAACAGGAAAUCCUGUCCGUGAAUGCAGAAAAUGUUUCACUUUCUGCAACAUCUUCAGUCCACCUCUGAGUGAUAACGCAGCUGCAGCCCCUCUUCUACUGCAUCAGCCUUAAGAUGUCAUCAGAUAUUUAUGCCAAACCAGAUUUCUCCAAGAAGGUCAGAUACAACAGAAAGCAGCAAGAAGACACAUCAGACUGGAAGGAGUGUGAGGUGGAAAUCUACAACGAUGCAUAUGAAUCUGUGGAGGACACCAGAAGGGUUCAGUCACCAGAACAAGCUCCACAAACACAGACGUGUCCUAAAGUCCAGAAAAGGUUCUGCAGAUGUGAACAAUGGUGUCUGUUGGUGCUGUGUACUGUCCUGUCAGCUGGAUCCAUCAUUCUAUCCUCACACAUGGUGGUCAACAUUAACAAUCUGCAGACGGAAGUGAAGGAGCUAAAGAAACACUCUGAAGAAUUGAUGUCAACUUUCUCAGCCAACAACAGCCGUUUUCAGGAUGAAAUGAAGCAGCUGAAAGAUGAAAAUAAAGGCAUCAACAAAACUCUUUGGGAUGAAAUAAAACAGCGGAAAUAUCUGACUGAAGUCUUUGAAGGAAAACGGUGUCCUGAAGGAUGGAGGAGAUUUGGAUGCAGCUGCUACUAUGAAUCCACUGGAAAGAAAAGUUGGACUGACAGCAGGAGUUUCUGUCAGUUUGCAGGAUCUGAUCUGGUGGUGGUAAACAGCAAAGAGGAACAGGAUUUUCUUUCUACAUUGAAUCAGAAUGCAACAUCCUGGAUCGGUCUGUAUGUUCAAUGGUCAUCAUGGAAACAUGAAUGGAAAUGGGUGGAUGGAUCACCACUGACAGAAACGUUCUGGGAUGAGAGGAUUUCAAAAGAUCCGAACAACUACUACUUUGCAGUGUCCUUAAAUGCUAACGGGAAAUGGACACAACAGGACAAAGCAAACAACAAAAACUGGAUCUGUGAGAAAUACACAAGAUUCUGAAUCUUUCUGUUCCUGAGCUGUGCAUUGAUUUAACUGUUUAGUAAUGUAACUACAAACAUGUUUUAUCUUUUUUAUGUCUUUUGUGUACUUCUACAAACUAGUGCUUAAAGGAAGGUUGUAUUUUAGUUUCUGGUGAAUUGUUCAGAGAAAUGAAGGUGUCAUCUAUCAACAACUUAAUCACAUUAAAAUAUCAGUUAAAAAUGACUCAGAUAAACAGAAAACUGUAAUGAAUGACAUGAAAACGAGCCAACUUAGAGCAGCAGUUCAGACUCAGGUUUGGUCUGUAGCAAAUAACAAACAGCUUCCACAAAAUCAACUGAAAAGUUACAUCUAGAAAGGGAAGUAAAUGUUUGGAACAUUUUUCUGUAUUUUCUAUU